CCUUCGCCGCCGCCGCCGCCAUGAGGACGCCGGGCGAGGUGCUGCGCGAGGGCGAGCUGGAGAAGCGCAGCGACAGCCUGUUCCAGCUGUGGAAGAAGAAGCGCGGCGUGCUCACGCCCGACCGCCUGCGCCUGUUCCCCGCCGGGCCCGGCGCGCGCCCCAAGGAGCUGCGCUUCCACUCCAUCCUCAAGGUGGACUGCGUGGAGCGCACCGGCAAGUACGUCUACUUCACCAUCGUCACCACCGACCGCAAGGAGAUCGACUUCCGCUGCGCGGGCGAGAGCUGCUGGAACGCGGCCAUCACGCUGGCGCUCAUCGACUUCCAGAACCGCCGCGCCCUGCAGGACUUCCGCAGCCGCCAGGAGCGCGCCGCGCCCGCCGCGCCCCCCGAGCCCCGGCCGGCCCGCGCGCCCUGA